GCCAUUUUAUUAAAAGGUAAUGUAGUGACCCUGUGUGGUUUUAGCAUGAAGCAUUGCAACAACAAAGUGUGCACAGAAACAGAACAGGUUGUGUUUGCUUCCCAUGCUUCUCUUUAACAGAGGUCUUCUUAAACACCCCUGCACUGUCAGUUAGACACUGCGUCAUUCACAGAGGAAGUAAGACCUGAUGCACUCCCACUGACACAGACACAGACUUUAAGAACAACACGGUUACAAAGCGCGAGUCAUCUGUCUUAAUUAAGGGUUAUUCUUUGGAGCAUCUUUACAGAGUAAAUUAAAGAACACAGUGGAAGAUGUCGUGUCUGAAGUGCCUGAAGUACACCAUGUGUGUGGUGAACUUCAUCUUUUUUAUCUGUGGGGCUACUGUCUUUGGAUUGGGCAUUUAUUUGAUGACAUUCUCCAGGUUCUCUUCCCUACUCCCCAGUCUUCAGGCUAUGAACAUCGCAAACACUCUUUUCAUCACUGGGAUCAUUAUCACCUGUGUCUCCUUUUUGGGCUUUCUCGGAGCCCUGAAGGAAAAUCGUUGCCUGCUUAUAUCUUUCUUCAUAUUGUUGUUCAUUCUAAUGCUGACUGAGCUGGUUGCUGCCUGCCUUUUGCUGAUGUUCGAGUCACAGAUUGACAACUUCAUUCAUGACGAUCUUAAGAAAGGUUUACAAAAUUCCAUAAACAACAGACAAAACUACAAUUACACAAUUGAAGAUGACUGGGACAAAGUACAAAUGACAUUUCAUUGCUGUGGAAUUACUAACCAUACACAAUGGGGGACACAUGUACCGAAGUCAUGCAUCAAGCCAAAUGAGAUGCACCAUUGGCCGGAUGGUUGUUUCACAAAGCUGAAGGACACGUUUGAGAAAAACCUCUUGAACACAGGGAUUGCCGUCAUUGUUAUCUGCAUUAUUGAGGUCUUGGGUAUGUGUUUCACCAUGACCCUGUUCUGCCACAUACGUCAAACUGGUUUAGGAUAUAAAUAAUCAAAAACAUUUCCAUAGAAGAACUAUAUCCGUCUUUCACAGUUUGUGUUCUAAAUAACAGUUGUCCCACAAAUACCCAAAGACAGCCAAUAAAAGACAAGAUGGCUCGCAGUUCUUACACAGAUGCUCGGUUCUAUAGUAUAUGUAUGGUAUUUGUCCAACAGUGAUACAAACCCAUAAUUAUUGUAACUGCAUUAUUAUUAUUUAGCAUGUAUGAAUAACAGUUAUUAAAGCAGUUAAACCACAACUGGUUCUUAAAAA